UUCCUAGAUUCGCUCCACAGCUUGUCUUAAAACUCCGCUUGCUCCUUUCGCUCUUCUUUACUUCUCUCUCUGGAUCUGUGGAGCUCGGGAGACGAAAAUGGCGAAAUUCGUGAUUAUGAUGAUGGCUCUGUGUGCUUUGCCGGCGUUGGCAAUGGCGGCGAGGCAUCCGAAGGAUAAUAGGAACACCAUGGUCGUGGAAGGUCGCACCUACUGUGACCCUUGCCGCGCCGGUUUCGAGACUUCCGCUUCCUACUUCAUCCCCGGUGCGACAGUGAAGCUUGAAUGCAAGGACAGGAAAACCAUGGAUGUAAUGUACAGUGACGAGGCCAUUACAGACAAGGAUGGAUGCUACAAGUUCUUUGUCCACGAGGAUCACAAGGACGAGAUGUGUGACGUAAAACUCGUGAAGAGCCCCGACACUAACUGCCCGAGAAUCUCCCCUGGCCGGGAACAAUCUCAGGUCAUCCUUAACCAUUUCAACGGUAUCGCCUCUCAGACUCGGUAUGCCAAUAACAUGGGGUUCGAGAAGGAAGAGCCCGACGUGUUCUGUGCGGAGCUCAUGAAGCAAUACCAGGAGUUGGAUGAGGAGGAUUAGGGGGGCAUUCUAUUUGAUCUGUUCGAUUCAUAUGAGCCUUUUCGGUUAUGAUAUAUGCCUUUAGAAUAUGGUUGGUGAUUGAAAGUGUUCAACUCCUUGUCUUAUGUUUCAUGGAUGUCACUUUGAUGUGUCUUUGUCCUUGAACGAACAUAUGUUUUUAUUGCCCCUUCUUUGUGUUUGUUUGAUUCUUACUUGACGAGUU